AUGACUAGAUCAGAAAGGACGGCAGGUACAUGGCGACAUGCUAUGCACCGUGCAAGCAGGUAUGGGGAGAGUGACAGUGAGAGUAAUAGUGGUUCAGGGACUGAUUCAAGCAACCAAGGAGACAGCAGUAGUGAAAGUAACAAUAGUGAUGAUUCAGAAGCUGGAAGUGAUGAAGAGAGUCAUGGGAGUACUUAUCACAUAACUAAUUCUGGGAGAAGGGAGGAGUGUCAGCAUGUUUUGGAAUAUAAUGAUGGAGUGGGUCACCCACAUUUUUUUUAUUUGAUAGGGGGUGUGACCUAUGACCUGCACAUUGGUGAUUCCCCGCCAGAUAGUAUGCCAUCAGCAUCACCUCCUGAUGCACCAUAUGACAGACUCAGAUCACCUCCACCUCGUAAAGCUGUCUCACUCUCUUAUGAUAACAUAAGGCCAGGCACCCCCCAUUUACGUGCUAACACAGAAUCAAAGUAUGAUAACUUAUCGCCGCUGCCAACAGAUCCUCCACCACCGAAACCCCCACGGAGGAAGAAGAAAAAGAAGAAAGGGAAGGAGAGUACAAUCGAAGAGGAUGCCGAGUUGGCGGGAUAUGCAGAACCAUAUGAUGUACCACGGAAACCAAAUCUAUAUGCUUCUAUCGGGGAAGGAGGUGCAGCACUGAAACCACCGCCAUUGCCAAAUAGACCAGAAUCACAUCUACAUGAUAAAAAGGGUGGAAAAAAGUAUCAAUGUCGUCGUGCUGAUACCAAUGUGAUAUCAGUAAAGUUUGACACACUUGUGAAACCAAGUCACAUGCAUACCGGUGAUUCAGUGACGUGUGAAGGAUGCGGAGCAGUGCUGUCUCAUCUUAGUAUUCUGACAGACUCUGGAGAUGGAGGCAAGAUUUGGAAAUGCGAGUUUUGUGAACAUAUCAACCGAGUCGACAUAAUGGACGGGGAAAUUCCUAAAAAAGAUGAUGUGACAUAUAUGUUACAACCGUCGCCAGGAACGACAGACCCGGCCGGAUAUUUUGGAGAUGAUUCAAUUAUUAUAUUUGUUAUGGAUGUGUCUGGUAGUAUGUGUGUUACUACACCGGUGCCAGGUAAAUUUCCUCUGAGAGCUAACGAUUCUACAAGGGCAUUAGAACUGUAUAACACUUCACCAGAUACAGACCAGUACAUGCCGUCUGAAAGACGAGGUACCACCUAUGUGUCAAGAUUGCAGGCAAUGCAAAGUGCAGUAGAUCACAAUCUCAGUAAACUGUGUAAAGAUUGUUCUACCAAGAGAAUUGGACUUGUUUCUUUUAAUAAUGAGGUAACUGUGAUUGGUGAUGGCUCUGACACUCCUAUCACAUUAGCUGGAGAUAAACUUUAUGACAAAGAAAACCUCAUCAGUUUUGGAAGUCAGCUACCAUUGCCAAUGUUUAUCAAAGAAACCAGAAAUGUCCUAGCUGAUAAAAUUUUCAAUCUUGAAGAAGGUGGACAGACUGCGCUAGGGCCAUCACUUUUGGUUUCUGUUGCCAUGGCAUCUCAGAAAGCAGGGUCAAAGGUCAUAAUCUGCACUGAUGGUAAGGCUAACAUAGGCUUGGGAUCGCUAGAGGCAGAAGAAGAUGAUAUGGCAUAUGACACUGCUGCUAUGUUUUAUGAAGAUUUGGGGACCUAUGCCAGAGAUAAAGGGUGA